CCCUUAUAAAUAAAAUAAAUAUAACUGAAUAAACCUCUAAAAUGUCGCGCAAAGAAGCCCUCUCGCAGUUUAUCAACCAGAUCCAUGGUCGCCCCGUGGCCGUGAAGCUGAACAACGGCGUGGACUAUCGCGGUGUGCUGGCUUGCUUGGAUGGCUAUAUGAACAUUUGCCUGGAGCAGACGGAGGAGUACGUAAAUGGGCAGCUGAAAAACAAAUACGGCGACGCAUUCAUCCGCGGAAACAACGUGCUCUACAUAUCCACGCAGAAACGGAGAGUUUAGUAGUAUAACUUAAGUUUAUUUCAUAAAUACAACCGAAACUCCAUUCUGAA